UACUGGCUGGUCCCUGGGCUGGUGAAAUGUCCUGAGCAUUGAUCCAGCAUGGUGACAGAGAUCCACCCAUACUUACAGGUGGCCUAUGCGCUAUGAUCAGUGGUGGGAGUGUAAAUUCAUUGCAGAAGGCAUUAUUGACCAAGGGGGUGGUUUCCGGGAUAGCCUGGCGGACAUGUCAGAAGAGCUAUGCCCUAGCUCAGCAGACACCCCUGUGCCUCUGCCCUUCUUUGUGCGGACAGCCAACCAGGGCAAUGGCACAGGGGAGGCCCGGGAUAUGUAUGUGCCCAACCCCUCUUGCCGAGACUUCGCCAAGUAUGAGUGGAUCGGACAGCUGAUGGGGGCUGCUCUCCGGGGUAAGGAGUUUCUGGUCCUGGCUCUGCCCGGUUUCGUGUGGAAGCAGCUCUCUGGUGAGGAGGUGAGCUGGAGCAAGGACUUUCCAGCUGUGGACUCUGUGCUGGUGAAGCUCCUGGAAGUGAUGGAAGGAAUGGACAAGGAGACAUUUGAAUUCAAAUUUGGGAAGGAACUAACAUUCACCACUGUACUGAGUGACCAGCAAGUGGUAGAGUUGAUCCCUGGGGGAACAGGCAUUGUGGUGGGAUAUGAGGACCGUACCCAUUUCAUCCAACUGGUGCAGAAGGCACGGCUAGAGGAGAGCAAGGAGCAGCUGGCAGCCAUGCAGGCAGGUCUGCUGAAGGUGGUGCCACAGGCUGUGCUGGACUUGCUAACCUGGCAGGAAUUGGAGAAGAAGGUGUGCGGGGACCCAGAGGUCACUGUGGACGCUCUGCGCAAGCUCACCCGCUUUGAAGACUUUGAGCCAUCUGACACACGGGUGCAGUACUUCUGGGAGGCGCUGAACAGCUUCACCAACGAGGACCGGAGCCGCUUUCUGCGCUUUGUCACGGGCCGCAGCCGCCUGCCGGCGCGGAUCUACAUCUACCCAGACAAGCUGGGCUAUGAGACCACAGACGCGCUGCCUGAGUCUUCCACCUGCUCCAGCACCCUCUUCCUACCGCACUAUGCCAGAAUCCUUGGUAGUGACAGAGGGACCUCUACACCUGGCAUGACGAAGUCCCCAUCCCCCACCCCUCGCUGCAGCGCCAGGGUGUGUGAGGAGAAGCUCCGCUAUGCUGCGUACAACUGCGUAGCCAUUGACACCGACAUGAGCCCUUGGGAGGAGUGAGGCGGCACCCGGGGGCAGCCUCGGACCGGCUGGGGUUUGCCCUCCUGUCAUGAGCUGACAUGCUCAGAAAAAGCCAGCGCACACAGUCCUGGUAUGUGGUCGGAGUGCUGGCUGUGUGGGUGACCCUGGUGGCCCAGCCCUGCAGACCCACAAGCCCUAUGUGUGCUGGGGCUUGCUUCCCAAGUUACUUAUCCUCUGUGGAGGGAAGCUUCCACAAGCCCAGCACAAGCUGCCAGGCCUGAGCUACUUGAAGGGGGCCUUCUAGCUCCCCACCCCAUGGAUUUUGCUUUAGUUUUUGGGAGCUCUUUCAUUUUUCUCCAUGUUUUUCUCUGGCUUCCAUCUGGACUCAAAACUAAAAACUCUGGAGCAUGUUAGAGGCCUAGAAGCUCUUUCCCAAACACAGCAGGAGGGAUGCAUAGGGAAUGAUGGUCAUCCUCCUCGGUUACCUGCCCAAAAAUAAAGGAACAACUGAGCACCCCCUCCCUCACACACUGGUGUUUUUUUCCAUUCCCUCCAUACUCAAGGUGUAAGUUCUGUCCUUCCUCCAUCCUAGUCUCAACUGACAAAGUGCCACCACCUUCCCUGGCUCAGAACCUACAUCCCCACUCAACAUUAAAUCUUCACCACCACACCACAUUGGUCACUUCUGUAUCACCUCCAGCCUGAUUCCCCAUCUGCUAUCUUCACGCUCAAGAUUUGCACAGGUUAAGGCCAGUUAUAUCCUCUGAAAUCUUUACCCAGCUCCCCUUUACCCACCUCAAAUCAAGCCUAGAUUUUAAACUUGCUUCUGGCCUUAUGCAUGUCCCUGCCACAGCCCUCCUUCCCUUAAGGGACCCAUGAUGCUCCAUCAGAGAAGGUCCUGCACAUGGGAAAGUUUAAUAAAUGGAUGAGUUCAUUCCUUCGGAAUGUGUUUAUUGGACUCCUGAGGGAUGUUAGAGGAGGCUGUUCCAGAAAUUCAGGGUCCUGCGGGGAGCCUAGGAAGUGGGUGUCAAGUAGGAGUGGUGGGGCCUCUCAGGGUCGAACAUUAAAUCUGGAGUUGAGCAGGAAAAUAAGGACCCCCACUAUGCAGUGUUGUUUUUUUGUUUUGUUUUGUUUGUUUGUUUUUGAAGGCUGACCUGGUAUUUUCUGGGAUGGGUGUGGUGAUGGGGAGGAUGGGGGUCCAUCUCCUGGAACCCGGCAGGCAGAAGAAUUUGACCUGAUAGAGAAAGCCUUGAGAUGGCAGGUAAGCCAGCCAGGUCAGGGUUUUGACAGAAGAGGAGGCAGCAGUAUUGCUGCCUCCCACCCCCAAAGCCGCCCCUAGUUGCUACGCGGCUAAGGCGUAGUUACUAGGAGCAAGCACCCCAUGGGAGAACUCGUGCGGAGCCAGCCCCGGCACAGUGGGCAGCCUCCUCAAGCGCCAUGUCCAGUGAAGUAGCCUGCGCGGGUCGCGCUCUGCCAGCGCUCCCCCAGCCUGGUCGCUAGGGUGCACCCUACCGCCAGCCCGUCUGGUAACCACCUUGCCGGCGCCGGCGUGGCGCCCCUCCCACGGACUGGACGCUCUAGCCCGAACUCUCCGGAGUCUUGGUUAACACCCCAGCGGAGGCUCCUGGUAACCCUGGGCUUACGGCUCCCCAAAGCCUGCGCCUUGGUCGAUCCACAGGAGGCCCCGUCACCCCCGGCUACUCUGGGCAGCCGCUUAGGGUCCAGAGGCCGCCACUCCCCCCAGCUCCGCUCUUCCAGCAAACCUUGGUGCCGUGUCCCCGCUCCCGCGGGUCCGAGGCGCGCUGUACCUUUUCCUUUUCAGGAAAGGGCUGGGCCGCACGCCUGCAGGAGGUAGUCCGUUUCUGUGUCUGUGGCCACAUGAGUCACUGGUCUCUCUUUCAUGAAAUUGGACUCACUGUAUAUUUUGUAGUUGCUUUAUAUUUAGUUCACUCAUUCAUUCAGUGAAAGCAUCAGAUUUUUGGGUCAGACACCAUACUAGGUGCAGUGUGUAAAAUAAAUUUUUUUGCCCUCUUGGCAUUUAAACGCUAAUGGAAGAGAUAUAUUAAGCGAAUGAGUUCAUAAGCAAUAUUUAAUAACAAUUGUGUAAGAGCUCCAGUGGAGAAGAGAAGGGUACUGUUAGAAGACCUAGGUUUCCAACCAAUGGGGCUCAAAUCAAACGCUAAACCCUCAGGUGGAGUAAGGACACAAAGUUUAGCCGAGAAGCAUGUUGAGUCCCAUGUCAUUAGAGUGUGAUGGGAAGAAAGAAGAGAGUAUAGCUUUAGAAGCCCUUUUAGGAUUUUGCGAUGAGCAGCCAUGAAGGCUUCAAGCAAGGGGGUGAUGUAAUUAGAUUUUCCUUUGGCAACUGUGUGGAUAAUAAGGCGAGAGGAGGCAGGGAGUAAUUAAGCAGGAAAUGAUUGUCACUGUACCAAAGGGGAUAUUCAUUUUAACUGUUAUUUUUAUUGGCUGCAUUGUAUUACAUUAUAAGGAAUGUUCAUAGCUUUCAUUCAUCUAAAACCCUCUACAAGUGGACAUUAAGUUUGUUGACAAAUUUCAAUAUUGAAAAGUACCAGUGUUAUAAUAAACAUCUUCAUGCAUA